AUGCUCUGGUUCUCCGGCGUCAGGGCUCUGGCUGAGCGUCCCUGCCGGCGCUCGCCCGGGAUUACCUGCUGCGUCUUGCUGCUGCUCAAUUGCUCGGGGGUCCCCAUGUCUCUGGCUUCCUCCUUCUUGACAGGUUCUGUUGCGAAAUGUGAAAAUGAAGGUGAAGUCCUCCAGAUCCCAUUCAUCACAGACAACCCUUGUAUAAUGUGUGUCUGCUUGAACAAGGAAGUGACCUGUAAGAGAGAGAAGUGCCCAGUGCUGUCGAGAGACUGUGCCCUGGCCAUCAAGCAGAGGGGAGCCUGUUGUGAGCGGUGCAAAGGUUGCACCUAUGAAGGAAGUACCUAUAACAGCUCCUUCAGAUGGCAGAGUCCUGCACAACCCUGUGUUCUACGUCAGUGCCAGGAAGGUGUUGUCACAGAGUCUGAGGUGCGAUGUGUUGUUCAUUGUAAAAACCCUUCCAAGCAUCUGGGAACGUGCUGCCCCACAUGUCCAGGUUGUGUGUUUGAGGGUGUGCAGUACCGAGAAGGGGAGGAAUUUCAGCCAGAAGGAAACAAAUGUACCAGGUGUUCCUGUGUUGGAGGCAGGACACAGUGCGUGAGAGAAGUCUGUCCCAUUCUCUCCUGUCCUCAACACCUUAGCCACAUUCCCCCAGGACAGUGCUGCCCCAAAUGUUUGGGUCAGAGGAAAGUGUUUGACCUUCCAUUUGGAAGCUGCCUCUUUCGCAGUGAUGUUUAUGACAACGGAUCUUCAUUUCUCUAUGAUAACUGCACUGCAUGCACCUGCCGGGACUCUACUGUAGUAUGUAAGAAGAAAUGCUCCCACCCUGGUGGCUGCAUCAGAGGGGAGGAGACCUGUUGUGAAGAGUGCCUCCUGCGAGUGCCUCCAGAAGAUGUCAAAGUGUGCAAAUUUGGCAACAAGGUUUUCCGGGAUGGAGAGAUGUGGUCCUCUGUUAAUUGCACCAUCUGUGCUUGUGUGAAAGGCAAGACAGAGUGUCGAAAGAAGCAGUGCGUUCCCAUCAGCAGCUGCCCGCAGGGUAAAAUUCUCAACAGGAAAGGAUGCUGUCCUAUUUGCACUGAAAAGCCUGGCGUUUGCACGGUAUUCGGAGAUCCCCACUACAACACUUUUGACGGACGGACAUUUAACUUUCAGGGGACGUGUCAGUACGUUUUGACAAAAGACUGCUCCUCCCCUGCCUCGCCCUUUCAGGUGCUGGUGAAGAACGACGCGCGCAGGACCCGCUCCUUCUCCUGGACCAAGUCUGUGGACCUGGUGCUGGGCUCCAGCACCGUCAGCCUCCAGCAGCACUUGACCGUGCGCUGGAACGGCUCGCGCAUCGCGCUGCCCUGCCAGGCGCCCCAGUUCCACAUCGACCUGGAUGGCUACCUCUUGAAAGUGACGACCAAAGCAGGUUUGGAAAUAUCCUGGGAUGGAGACAGUUUUGUCGAAGUCAUGGCUGCCCCUCAUCUCAAGGGCAAACUCUGUGGUCUUUGUGGCAACUACAAUGGACAUAAGCGUGAUGAUUUAAUUGGUGGAGACGGAAACUUCAAGUUUGAUGUGGAUGACUUUGCUGAGUCCUGGAGGGUAGAAUCCAAUGAGUUCUGCAACAGACCUCGAAAAAAACCAGUGCCUGAACUGUGUCAAGGGACAGUGAAGGUAAAGCUCCGAGCUCAUCGAGAAUGCCAGAAACUCAAAUCCUGGGAGUUUCAGACCUGCCACUCAACUGUGGACUAUGCCACUUUCUACCGGUCCUGUGUGACAGACAUGUGUGAAUGUCCAGUCCAUAAAAACUGUUACUGCGAGUCAUUUCUGGCAUAUACCCGGGCCUGCCAGAGAGAAGGCAUCAGUGUCCACUGGGAGCCUCAGCAGAACUGUGCAGCCACCCAGUGUAAGCAUGGAGCUGUGUAUGAUACCUGUGGCCCGGGAUGUGCCAAGACCUGUGACAACUGGAAUGAGAUCGGUCCAUGCAAUAAGCCGUGCAUCGCAGGGUGCCACUGUCCCGCCAACCUGGUCCUUCACAAGGGAAGGUGCAUCAAGCCAGUUCUUUGUCCUCAGCGGUGA